GGUUUCUGUCGCAAGUACACGUAACACAUCCCGAUGAUAAAUGUUCCUCGUGCGCCCUCAUUGUGCCUUUACCAGGGUGCCUGCAUGAAUCUAAAGUAGAUCGAACAUUAUGCAAGACGAUGAUCGAUAUAAAAGUAUAAGGUGAUCUCAAAGAGAGUGGACACUUUUAUAUAAACAAAAGUCAGCGGAAGGAAAAUAUCGUGUAAACUAUGCUUAAAGCGUAAGCGAGAUUGGUGAGUCACAGUGUCGUCGAGCCUCCAGUUAUGUCGUGGUAUUCGCGCCACGCUCGCAUCUCUCUCCGCAUCUUUCUACGACUCUGCGCUAUUAUCGUCAGCCUGGGUACCAAUAAAAGAGAUCGACGAGACCGGUGCCCGGUUAGUAUUCGCGUGUCUCACGCGACACGUGUCACGAGUAAAGCUUGUUCGACGGCAAUUUAAAACGUAGAGAUAAAGAGCUUCAUUUCCAAAGCCAAUUUCCGAGAUAAUUGUCAUGUCCAUAUGACAUUCGGCAUUCACAACGUGAAUAAUAGAUUGAACUUGACCCAUAUCUAGAGGACAUUGAAACGUCGUAGUGUCCUGCGUCCAAGCGGUAAAUCGAUCGAGAAAAUCGUACAGAUCGAGGACAUUUCGAGGACUUCACGAGGAUUGUAUUGUCGCGCUUUCUCCAGAUACUCGAAAGCAUGGCAGGAACGUGGUUGAUGUUUGGUCUUCUGGUGUUGGCUGGUGGUCAGAUCGUCUAUCCGGAUCAAUACCAGAGGAUGACAGUUGGCACGAAUCGUGCACCUGCCCUAGGAUCGCAACCUGCUAAUUAUCCUGCAUUGCAAACAGUCAGCAAUAGUCAGUCAGUUCAGAUCAAACAAUUCAAUCAAGAGUCCGCUCCGCGAUACGGCGUUGCGAUUCCAGAAACGGCACAGAUUAAUUCUACAACUCGACUACCUUUUUAUCCCUCAGUAAAUCCGACACCUAAUCCGACAGUUAAUCCAUUAUUGGAAAAUUGGGAUAAUCAUGUGAACAAUAUUAUAGCUAGAGGGAUCAUGAAGUUCUCUUUGGAUUUGAAUAAAGCGAUAUACAAUACUAAAGGCACAUCAGUGGCUAAUCAACGUGAAAACGUCAUUUUUUCUCCACUUAGUGUUGCUGUUGCAUUAUCGUUAGUAUUGUUGGGUUCCGCUGGCAGGACUUUUGACGAAGUAUCGCGGGUGCUCGGUUUGGAAUCAGGUGUUGACAUAUCUCAACACUCGGAAAUAGUUCAUCAAACGUUUGGCCAAUUGCUGAACUUCGCGAACUAUAGAAUUGAGGGAAGCAAUAAGCCGCGCGUAGAUUCCGCCAGUGGUGUUUUCGUUCAGGAGAGAUAUCCGAUUCGUCCUGAAUUUCGCGCGAUUAGCAUGAACGUGUAUAAGAGCGAAGUAAUAAAUUUAGAUUUUGAAAGAAAAGGCAAAGAAGCUGAAGACGUAAUAAACAAUUGGGUAAAGGAACGGACGAUGGGAAAGAUCGAUGGUAUAUUGAACAGUGUACCAGAUCCAACGACCAUGGUGAUUCUGUUAUCGGCGCUCUACUUCAAAGGAGAAUGGAAUCAACAUUUCUUAGAAGGCAUGACACAGAAAAAAGAAUUCUUCGUUGAACCGAAUGACACGAUCGGGGUAGAUAUGAUGUACAAUGGCGGUAAUUUCCCCUUUUACGAAGACAAAACAUUAGGCGUUAAAAUAUUGGCUCUACCCUAUAAAGGCUUAGAGAUGUCGAUGUACGUGCUUCUGCCGAAAGUCGAAGGAGCCACUGCUUUAAAGAGUUUCCAGGAUCAACUAACAGUUGAGACUAUUGAAAACCUAAUAAGUAAUCUCAAGAAUCAAACCUGUAUCAUCGGUUUUCCUCGAAUGAAACUCUCGAGUACGUUGAGUUUGAAUAGCGCGCUACAAAGUUUGGGUUUACGCUCGUUAUUUGAUGCGAAAGCUGCGGAUUUAAGUCUCUUGUCGAGUGGAUACGGUCAAAAUACGGCAACUGCGCCGAUUUUACAUAUGCCACCGCACAUUUCACGGCAAGUCUCUCCAGAACAAUUGUCGAGUAAAACCAACGAAUAUCUUAUCUUUUCACGGAAUAAUUUUGGGGAUAACAAUAAUCAGAGUGUGAGUAACGGUGCGAGAGCAAAUUUUUUCAGGUACGACGAUAAAGAACGCGGCUAUAAUAUUGAGCAAUGGAACACAGGAUUUCAUAUUCAAAAAAUUCGUAGAGCACGUCGCAACGUUUUGAACGAAAAACAACGCAACGUCACGCCAUCGCGAACGAUGUAUGUCACGGAGAACGAUGGCCUCGAGAAAGUCACGCCGAAGAUCAGUCACGAAAAUACGAGAUACGUGAGUUUAGAGGAGAACAAAUAUCGUUUCCAAAACGCUGAGAAGAAAACGAAGAACAGAAAGAGACGGCAGAGCCGACCCAUAGACGAGAACUUCUUGAGAUUCAUGCAAAGUAAGAAUUUCCCGUCUUACGGUCUAGAUAAUCUCCGAAACAGCGCGAAUCUCGUGAAUCCGGGUUUAUUCGCCGAUGAGGUACUACACAAGGUGGAGAUGGAUGUGACGGAAAAAGGAACGGAGGCCGCAGCGACGACCGGGAUACUUUUACGGCGAGACGGCAAUCAAAAGAAACUGAUUGCCAAUCGACCUUUCCUCUUUUUCAUCAGACACGACCCCACGAAGCUUGUUCUCUUCUGGGGAACGGUUAAUGCGCCAGUUCCGAACUACGCCGUUGUCAGAUGAGAUGAGCUAUAAAUGUUCUGCGUAAAUAUAUAGAGUUUAUUUUCUAGAGUCUAUUUAUGUAUUCGUUUCGUGAUUAUUCGAACAAAUGCGAUUAUUAUUUCUUUUUUUUGUAUUGCUUGAUUUUCGCAUAAUCUUAUCGUCUCGCAUCGAGUAUUGCGUUGCAACAUCACAUUCCGUUUUAUCAUCUAUUGUUCUAUCUUACAUACGUAACGGGCGCCCAUAUGUUAUCGCGUCAUAUAUUAUUGAUAUUUUAAGAUAAUAUUACAUCUUCAAUAUAUUCUUAAUAUUACUCAAAUGAAAGAGUAAGAUUUAGCGUGGAUGAUGUAAAGGUGAUCGAAAUACUACUUUUGAAAAGAGAUAAAAAAUAUUAAUAAUUUCAAGUUUAUAGGAUUUCGGAUGAAUGUCCAACGUUACCAUAGUGCCUUAUUUAAUUAUAACAAAGUACAAUUAUCAGAUUUUAAGCUUUAUUUGACACUAUAAUACAGUCUUAUUUUGCUAGAUAUGAUUUAUUUUGUAUUUUUCCAAUAAUAAAAAUAAUUUUUCUUUAA